UAUUCAUAAAGAAAGCUUUUAGGGCAGCAUUCAAGACGUCAACUGUUGAAAAAAGUAGAAUUUUUAAAGCAAAGACUCUUGUAGUCAAAUUUGACUUGUUUUUAUUUUCUAAAAUUUAAAAAUACUUGAUAAUAUUUUUAGAUUUUAUAAAAUAUACUAAAAUUUUAGUUAAACAACAAUCCCCAAAACAUUUGGAGACAAUCGCAGUGUUGAAUGGGACGUUUUGCUAGCUGUUUUCCAGCAAAUUCCCUGUGACAAUGGCGACUUUAGCGUCAGUUGUGCAAAACUAGCUAGCAAUAAUGCUAAGGAAGUGACUUUUCCACGAGGAGUCCACUUCCUAAAUGGUCCCCCCGCUAUAUUUAAGGGAGCUGGUAAGUCUGGUGGUGGUGUCGGUGUUGUGGGGCUGCACCAACCCCUUCCUGAAGAGAGGCACGGAGGGGCUGGAAAAGGUGACACAACCAAACAGGGUGUCACAGAUACUGGCAGAGAUCAAGUUUCUGUUCAUGAACUUCAAGUACCUGGUCCCAUUUCUAAUCAAUCAGGCUGGCUCUGUGUUCUACUACUACACACUGUCCACCACAGAUUUGUCUCUUGCUGUUCCUGUGACCAACUCUCUCACGUUACUUUGCACUCUUCUGACUGGAAAGUUACUGGGUGAAGAGCUUGGAGGAAAAAACGCUGUAUUGGGAAUGAUCCUCACCGUGACUGGUGUCUCUCUUUGCAUCAUAAGCUCCGUCGAUGACGUAGAUAUUAACACACAAAAUGCGUCCUAGCCUGUGUGAUUAAAGCAACUUUCCUGCAGCAUCGAGAGAGUUCUUAGCUGGUAAG